CAAUUUUCUUUUGGUUCAGAUUUUAAAACAUUGGGAAAAAUAGGGACUAGAUGACAAAUAACAAGAAAUCAGAAUUUUGGAAGGAUUAAACAAUAAUCGCUUCUUGUGCAAUAAGCCAAAAACAGGAUUAAACAGAUUCGCUCAGUUCUCAAAACGAUGAAAGUAGCGGAGAAGAUUGUUUUCCUCUGGAAUGAUUCCGAUGGAUUUGCUGCAACCAUUUCUGAUACUUUAAACCCUAGCCCUAGUUCCCCUCUUCGCAAACUAGAAGAACAGAUCCAGCUUCCGUUGGAUAAGUAUGGCGUUGAAGGUGUGGAAACCGGCGGGAGUAUCGUUCAUUUCGUAGAUGAAAAUGAAGUUUAUCAGGUCUCGAUUUUUCUUCUUCGAAGUUAUGAGCCUCCAGUACUAGUGUGUGCUAUGAAUGAACUGCUGGACCUAAUUACAAGGGGAUCGUCAACUCUACCCACAAUCAUAGCUCCUUUCUUUGUGGCGGCAUCUAAGCUCAAGUUCAAUAACAGAUCCCUGGAAGCAAAUAACAGAAAAGCUAGUCUUCAUUACGUUCAAGUUGCUACAGAAACAGAGACCAGUAGGUUAUUUGCUUCUCGCAUCGAGAAACCACCACUAUCGAUGCAGAUCCAUUAUGAACCUUUGUCAUGCUUGCUUCAUCUAGCUCGUGUUAAACGCCUGCCUACCGCUAUUCUCAUAGGCCAAAGAAGCAAUAGCCUAACUCAUAAAGCUCUAGACGAAGAGCUUCAGGUGAUCCAUGAAACAGGGGAGCUCGUGGCUAGUUGGACAGGACUGUCUUUCUCAAGAGACAGAAUCAAGUGGAGCGCAUCAAAGACAUCAAAAGAAGAAGAAAGUCCGUGGCGUGCUCUUUAUGGCUAAUCUUCACAGGUCAGGUCUUUUUCAUGGCCCAACACUGCUACAGUCUUUGCUUGGACCUGCAGUAAAUUUCCCUAUUGUAGUAGUACCCUUUUGUUAAAAUUCUUAUGCUCAGCAGAACCAAAUCCACGUCACUCUGCUUUUUCUAGGAUAUUUAUUUAUGAAAGAAACAGUUUCUUUUUUUUUGGGCUGACUUGGUUCAACCAAAUCUUAAACUCUCAGAAGCAUUUUGAUUUAAAGGUACAUAUAUUUGGUCAACUCAUGGGAGGAUCAUAACAUA